AUGACUGUCACUGUGGUCCAGGUGUGGACUGUAAUCCUCAGACAGGCUGUGGUGGAAACUGUGCUGACGGAUGGGAUGGGUCGACUUGCCAGAGGCGUGAGUUGUGAUGGAGGAGAGUAUGGCCCUGACUGUGGGCAGAGAUGUGGAUACUGUGCUGAGGGAAGAACAGUCUGUGACAGAACAACAGGAGAAUGUCCGGAUAGGUCACCGAUUCCUAGAUGUCAGGCCGGAUACCAGGGAAGGAAGUGUGAUGAAAAGUGCACAGCAGGUACUUAUGGUGCGGACUGUAAGCAGCCUUGUGGUCAAUGUGCAGGUGGCUCAGAUAAGUGUGACAGAGUGGAUGGGUGGUGCCCAAGCACAGAGACACCAAGAUGUGCCCCAGGCUGGACGGGGAACAAGUGUAAGACAGAGUGUUUGCCAGGCCGCUAUGGAGGAGGCUGCAGAGAGUAUUGUGGAAACUGUCGAGGUGGGAGGGAUAAAUGUGAUAAGGUUAAUGGAGCAUGUCCAGAUGAGGGAGGAGUAAAAUGUGCUGAUGGUUACGAUGGUAACUUGUGUAAGACAGAGUGUUUGCCAGGCCACUAUGGAGGAGACUGCAGAGAGCAAUGUGGGAACUGUCGAGGUGGGAAGGAUAAAUGUGAUACGGUUAAUGGAGUGUGUCCAUAUGUGGGAGGAGUAAGAUGUGCAGAUGGUUACCUAGGUGAUCAGUGUAAGACAGAAUGUGAUGAUGGCUACUAUGGCAGUAACUGUGCUGAAGAGUGUGGAAACUGUGUUGAUGGUUCUGGAUCCUGUCAUCACACUGAUGGCAGCUGCCAGGGUUGUGCCGCUGGCUGGAAAGGAACUGUCUGUAAGACAAACUGCAGCUCGUACAGAUGGGGUCCUGACUGUGAGGAGACCUGUGGUCAGUGUCAUGACGGAGCUGUCUGCGACCUGGUCAGUGGGGAAUGUCCCACGGGGGAUCCCCGCUGUGACACCGGACACAUAGGACUUCGCUGUACACCACUAGUCAUCGACUACACUGGUGUGAUUAUCGGCUCUGUGAUGAGUGUCAUUGUGGCAGCAGCUAUCAUUACCGCUUUGGUCCUCGUCGUAAGAAGACGUCAGUCUGGUUCCCCAGAUGGUACAGAGAGCUCAGCCAGGAACACUGGCGUCACAUACGAGGUUCCCAUUCCUGAGGUGCCAAAUGCCGGACAUGACUCCGACACGGUCACGUACUACAACAUGGCGGUCGAGGAGGAGGGUCAUUAUGAAACUGUCACCGAGAAGGAGUAUGACAAGAUCCGCUUCUCCCUGCUGGAGACAGACAAGGACACCAAUUACACCAAUCUGAGCUCCACUGUCUACCCAAACACAAGAGUGUCGUCAACCAAACAGUGAAGAAUGUGUGUAUGCAAACGCUAUUAAAUCCUUUCUUUCAGAGGCAUUUGUUCAUAAAAAUCAGGAGCAAAUUCCCCUAAGCCAUUUGUGACUUUAUUCAAGAUUUGAAUACCAUUUUAGAGGUUAUUGUUUGAUCCCAGUAAUUCCAAUAUUGACCACCACAUUACUGUUAUCAAAUGUCUCAAACUUUCAGCACCAAAAAAUGAACACUGUGAUGAGGUUUUGAAUUGAAAUUAAAAGUGGCUUUGUGAAAUUGACACCAGGAUUUAUUUCUUGAAAUACAUUUAAAUACUGUUCGAAAUUUAACCAAAACCCUUGUGAAUUAACAUCACGUCCUAAAAUAUAUUCGGCGUGUCUGUUUUAAAUAUUCCGGCAGGUUGAUGGUGUAAUGAAAUAAUCAGGUCAAUUCCUUACAAAACAGUUAGAUAGUUUGGCUCUGAGUACAUGUAUUAUGACGUCACAAUCACAUUUACGAAAUUGUCUUUUACCGUCAUAUAUUGUAAUAUACUUGUCCAGCUUGGUCACCUUUACAUGUUACUUAUCCAUUUCUUCACUUCCUUAAUUGUCACAGAGGAGAUAAAAUUUACCUAGUUUGAUGAAAUAUACUGAUGAGAUGCUCUGUCGCAUAUUAAAUUGUUAUAUACUUGCUCAGCUCUGUUGCAUAUUGAAUUGUUACAUACUUGUUCAGCUGUGUCAGAGAUUAAAUUGGUGUACGCUUGUUCAGCUCUGUCGCAUACUGAAUUGCUAUAUACUUGUUCAGCUUUGUCAUAUAUUGAAUUGUUAUAUACCUGUUCAGCUCUUACAUAUUGAAUUGUUAUAUACUUGCUCAGCUCUGUCGCAUAUUGAAUUGUUAUAUACUUGUUCAGCUAUGUCACAUAUUAAAUUGUACACUUGUUCAGCUCUGUCACACAUCGAAUUGUUAUAUACUUUGUCAGCUCUGUUGCCUAUUGAAUUGUUAUAUACUUGUUCAGCUUAUUCAGCUUAGUCACAUAUAGAAUUGUUUUAUACUUGUUCAGCUGUGUCAGAGAUUAAAUUGGGGUACACUUGUUCAGCUCUAUCGCAUAUUGAAUUGUUAUAUACUUGCUCAGCUCUGUCGCAUAUUGAAUUGUUAUAUACUUGUUUAGCUAUGUCACAUAUUAAAUUGUACACUUGUUCAGCUGUGUCACAUAUUAAGUUGUUAUAUACUUGCUCAGCUCUGUCGCAUAUUGAAUUGUUAUAUACUUGCUCAGCUCUGUCGUAUAUUAAAUUGUUAUAAACUUGCUCAGCUCUAUCGCAUAUUGAAUUGUUAUAUACUUGUUCAGCUCUAUUGCAUAUUGAAUUGUAAUAUACUUGUCCAGCUUUGUCACCUUUACAUAUUACAUAUGUAUUUCUUCAAUUCCUUAAUUGUCACAGAGGAGAUAAAAUUUACCUAGUUUGAUGAAAUAUUGUACCUGAUGUUUUAUUUAUGUAUUAUGUAUUUGUGUAUGGUUUAAAGUAAAAUGUUUCAGAUGUAAUCCUGCCGUGAACUGUUGGUGAGGAAUGACAUUGGACAGUACACCACAGCUGUAUUUGCAAAAAGGGUUAAUUAACAGAUUAAACCCGGCGCAUCAAUCAAAAUACUCAUUCUGAAAGUUACAGAAGAGAACUGCUUCAACAUCAAUGAACCACAUGUACAUUUACACACAUUUGGAAUAUAAUUAACCUGGUCAAAUCACUUUUCCCGUGCAGGAUACAGGAGUGUUCAUACUUUAAUCAUUAAAGACAGCCGACCGAUGUGCUUUCUGUAUAGUAACUCUGACUGUACAUGCGUGUCUACUAACACAAAAGUGCGGUCUGCUGCCGUAACUUACGUAAUAGCAGAUAAUAUGUACGCUACUCCAACACAAACUGCUGCUCAAUGUCUCUCUCUAAAACACUUGACUUGAUCAACAAUAUAGUACUCACAACGAAUUGGUCUUGGACAUGUGUAAAUGGCCGUGUAAAUGUACAUGUAUACAUACAUAUAUCCAUAUAUCUGCAUAAGUAAGCCCGAAAAAUUAAAAAAUUUAUCUGAUAGUUAAGAAUAUAUAAAUGUAUAUAUGCAUUUGGCCAUGACACAUUAAAUAUUCCAGUUCAAUUACCGGAUAAAUUUCAAAUUAAACUACAAAUAUUAGGGAACAAUAAAUAUAUGAAGUAGACGGGAAAAUGACGUCAUUAUGUUUGUGUACCAAGCUACAGGGUACCAAAAGUGAAAAGUCACGGUUAACAAAACGUACAAUCUAUUUGUAUUGUCUUUGACCAUUUUUUAGUAUCCUUCCAGUGAGCCCAAAUCGUUGUUUAUCCGAUAAGUAGAUAAAUAAUUACCAUUCAAAACUAUACGGAAGAUUGGCCCUCAUUUCUGAUUAAUAGUUGUCUCCUUUAGGCAAAUCCCAAUUCUCAAUAUAUAAGUUGAAAAUACUCACCUUAGUGAUAAUAUUUGUAAACAAACUGUCAUUGUUAAUAACUUCCUCAUGAUACUUUAUUGUGCCAGUAACCCACCUCUCCCUAUACGCUUCUGUCUGGGACUGGUGCUUCUGAGGACGUACUAUGUACGCACCUUUACACCUCGUAUUUUUUGUGAUUUAUUUUGAAAUUCUUACUUGUAUGUACUGGUCUAUGUUACACGUGAUCUUACCGAUAACUACAUGCGUAAUAAACAAAAAUUCGAGCUGUUAUCAAGUGAGUACGAUGGUAACCAGGCUAGAACAUGUGCUUCUUUCUUUCUUAAAUGUUGUUACGUCAUGGAUUACCUAAGUCAAUAUCGUGUGGCAAUCGGGACUUGGUAUAACUUUGUGUGCUGUAAAAGCAGGGUACACCUAAUCAAACUUAUAAACUUGCUGAAUGAAUUAACAGUGAUUUGUAAUGCUACUGACUCUUUACUAUUUUGUGUUAUUAUAGGUAUUCUUUGUAUGUUAAACAACUUGAAUUACGUUUUAAUUGUCAUUAUCGCAUUACUGCUGCGAUGCGGAGAUAUACAUAAAAAUCCGGGACCACCAAGCUCGCAUAACUUAAGAUGUUGUCAUUUUAAUGCUAGGAGCCUUCUGGCUCAGUCUGAUGAUCAAAUGUCAUCAUAUUCUAAGUUAGACGAAGUCUCAACCGUACUUGUAAAUGAACAUGAUUACGAUAUUAUUUGUGUAACAGAAACUUGGCUUAGUUCUGCCAUACCAGAUGAAAGAGUUAAUAUAGAAGGGUACUACAUUAUAAGGAAAGACAGAGAUAGGCAUGGUGGGGGUGUUGCCAUUUAUUGUAAGUCAUCAUUGAAUAUCACACGCAGAUUAGAUCUUGAAAAUGAAAAUGAAAUGCUAUGGAUUACAAUUGAAUUGUUCAAUAGAAGUGUAUUAGUUGCUGUAUGUUACCGCCCUCCUAACCAAUCAACGGAAUCACGGGAUCUUUUUAUUGAUAACUUUGAUUCUACUCUCACUUCUGUUAUAUCAGAAAACCCACAUGCUUUACUAAUAUUUGGUGAUUUUAACGAUCGCUGCACUGACUGGAAUAAAUACCAUGAUAAGAGUGAAUUAAAAAUGAAACUUUUCGACCUUUUGGCUGGAAAAAAUUUAUUUCAAAUACUGAAUGAGCCGACAAGAUAUACGGAAGAUAGUGCUUAUUUAUUAGAUCUAAUAAUCACUGACAAUAUGAGAUAUGUAAUAGAUUACGGAGUGGCUUGUCCCAUGGCUAAUCUUGACCACUGCACGAUCUAUUGUAAACUGGAUGUUCUUUGCAAUGAUAAACCUAAAUCUUUUAAAAGACAUGUAUGGGACCUUAAAUGUGCUGAUAUAGACCGUCUACGUAACUUACUGUCUGUCUCACCCUGGGAUAUAUGUGACGUUUUCACUGAUAUAAAUGACAAAGUGUAUGCAUGGUCAAAUCUUUUUCUGUCAUGCUGUAAGGAAACUAUCCCAAAUAAAGAAAUUACCGUGAGACCUCGCGACAAGCCCUGGAUGACCAAUGAUGUGCGAUAUAAGUUACGAAUUCGAAAUAGAUGCUUUAAAAAGUAUAAAAGAUCUAAAAAUGAAAAAGAUAAAUUUCGCUUCUAUAUAGCCAGAAGGGAGGCCAACACAGCCAAAAGAGAGGCUAUUCGUCGCUAUGCUACACGUCUAAAAACCAAACUAUCUGACCCAAAUCUAGAUACCAAGACUUACUGGUCUUCAAUGAAAUCAAUGUUGGGUUCUAAAGCAAAACCUCCAAUACACCACUACUUGUAAAUGGUAAAAAUGUAUCCAGUGAUAUUGAUAAGGCCAAUGCUUUCUGUGCAUUCUUUGCAUCACAUUCUGACCUUCCAUCUCCUGUCCCCGACUUGCCGGACUUCUCCUUCGUUACUACAACUCGUUUAAACAGUAUACAAAUAACUGAAAAGGAAGUCGGCCAGUGUCUCAGUUCGUUAAAUACAAAAAAGGCAGCAGGUCCGGAUGGGAUCAGUAAUUUUAUGUUGCAGAGUGCAGCAGGAAGUAUAACACCCUCGCUUACUAAACUAUUUAACUCUUCAUUACAAAACGGCGUCUUUCCGUCCGCGUGGAAAAGGUGCCGCGUUUGCCCAGUAUUUAAAAAAGGUGAUCGACAUUGUAUUUCUAACUACAGACCAGUAUGUCUUCAACCAUCGAUAUCCAAAGUAUUUGAAAAAGUCGUCUAUAAACAUUUAUAUCAAUAUCUUACGAUAAACAAUAUUCUUAUUCCUCACAAUGCAGGAUUCAAAAGUGGUGAUUCAACUAUCUGUCAACUAACUAAAAUCGUCCAUAAUAUUUAUAAAGGUUUAGACAACGGUAAUGAUAUGUGUUUGGUAUUCUUGGAUGUGAGCAAAGCCUUUGACAAGGUUUGGCACACAGGUUUACUAUUUAAGUUGAGGCAGAUGGGUAUUGGAGGAAUGUUACUGGCGUGGAUAAAUGAUUACUUAUCUGAUCGAUCAAUCUCUGUUUGCCUCAACGGUAAAGAAUCUAGCUCGAAUCCUACGUACUCAGGAGUUCCUCAGGGCUCUGUACUUGGUCCUUUGUUGUUUCUUAUCUUAAUAAAUGAUAUAAAUACUAAUAUUGAAUGUGACAUAAAUAUAUUUGCUGACGACACAUCCUUGUUAGAAGAAAUUAAAGAUUUACCAGUCUCAGAAACUAGACUGAACCGUGACCUUAGCAAGUUAGCAUCGUGGGCAAAUCAAUGGUGUGUCACAUUCAAUGCUCUUAAGACAGUUUAUUUACUUGUAUCAUUAAAGGGAAAUCCUUCCUAUCCCAAACUGUAUCUUAAUGGCACGGAGGUGAAGAGCGUUCAGUCCCACAAACACCUUGGGAUCUUUUUACAACACAAUGGGAAAUGGGACGAACGCAUUAGAAACUUAGUUAAUAAAUGUAACAAAAAACUGAGUAUUCUCAACCGAUGUAAGAAAUGCCUUACCCGAAAAUGUGUGAAAACUCUAUACUUCAGUCAAAUAAGAUCUACCAUCGAAUAUGGUGACAUCCUGUUUGACAAUUGCGGUAUAGUGUUGUCUCAAAAACUUGAAACAAUUCAGCGAAGAGCUGCUCUUCUCUGUUCUGGGGGCCUACGUCGGACAUCGUAUAGUAAAUUAUUAAAUGAACUAAGAUGGGAACCGCUUUAUGUGAGACGUAGAUCCCACAGAAUUCUUCUUUUCCAUAAAAUUAUAAAUGGGCUAUCGCCUCCUUAUUUGAAAAAAUUACUACCAUGGGGAAAUGAAGCUGUCGUCAGUACAUACAAUCUACGAAAUAAGCACAACAUCCGUCUUCCCAAAGGUCGUAUCCAGUUGUACAUGUCGUCAUUUAUUCCCCAAACAAUUAAAGAUUGGAAUUCAAUACCUCUCCACUUUCGUCACGACUCUCUAGAAAAGCUUAAAUCCUAUCUUAAACCUAGUUUUGUUGACAGCAUUACUAUUUCCGUACUGUACGAUUCUUUUGUAACAUUUUCCUCGAUACUGCAUUGUAGGAUGUGGAUGGGACUGAGCGCUCUUCACGCAGACUUAUUUACCAAUGGCCUUUCAGAUGACCAGUCUUGUCAUAAAUGUAAUUACAAAUGUGAAAAUUCUCAUCAUUUUCUUAUUGAAUGUCCCGCAUAUGCCGCUCAAAGGAAGCACAUGUUCGACAGGUUUACUAAAACGAUUUCUCCAAAUGCUCACUUAUCUAUUUUCCUUCCGCAUUGCUCAAAACAUAUCUCAAAUAUUUUACUUUUUGGAUCAAAUGACCUAUCUCUUGAAGACAAUAAAACCAUAUUCUGUUCUGUGCACAAAUUCAUUCAAGAUACUCGAAGAUUUAUCCAUCGUACUCACCAAGUAGUUCAAACAAGUUCCUUUUAAGGUACAAAGUGCUAAGACUGAAACCCAUUCCUAAAUCUGUUAUAUAAUCGGUACUUAAUGAAGUAUAUGAGUGUGUGCAGUAUUGGAUGCCUAUGUGUAUUGUAAAUAUUGUAAAUAUUUUAUUCUUCACUAUCAAGUUUUGAUUAUAUAAAUGUAUGAUGUAUAUAAGUUGGAGGAGACCCCCUAGUGACCCAUGGGUUGUGGGAUAUCCUCAAUAAACAAAUAAAGAAUUAAAUUAAAUUAAACAUACAGGAAGCAAACUCGAAUGCAAAAAACAAAAAAACACCGUAAAUACAAAAAUACAGUAAGAAGGCAGUUUUAUUGCUUUUGGGGGUAAAGUAAACAUAUAGACUGAGCCUGCGAUAAAGCAGGGACCAUAAGUGUACUAUAUGUGACGAGUCCAAUGAGAUAUAAAAUCAUGAACGAGACGCCGAAUAUUAUGGUGAACCAGUGAACAAAAUAGUGCCCAGUGAUAUAUAGUGUAUAUCACACUAUAAUACUUUGCAGUGUAUGUAUGCGCAUGACAACUGAAUUCUUCACGUCAAUAAAUUAAACAU